AUGACUCCUUCCAUCCUCAUCGUCGGCGCCACUGGCAACACCGGCCGAGCUGUCGCUCAGACAUUGCCAAAGUUGCUUCAAUCAAGCAGCACUUUGUCCGGACAUCGCAUCAUUGCUCUCACCCGCUCCUCGCACAGUCCAGUAGCCCAAGAGCUUGCCAAGCUACCCGGAGUUGAAGUGAUCGAACAGAACUGGGUUGAAAUCACCGCCGACUGGCUCCGCGAACACCAAGUUGCUAGAGCAUUCAUUGCACCCCACAAUGAACCUAACCAAUUUGCCGAAGAGUCGACCUUCCACGUCAACGCCCUCAGCGCCGGCGUCAAGUAUGUCGUGCGAAUUUCGACUACCGCUGCGAAUGUCCGCCCAGAUUGCCCUGCCUACUAUGCACGCCAACACUGGGCCAUCGAGGCUCUCCUUGGCUCACCCCAGUUCAACAACUUGCAGUGGACGUCUCUUCAGCCGAACGUCUUCACGCCAUUCAUCAUGGCCCCUGCUGUGGAGUUCAUCAAGAAAUACCGCAAGACUGGAGAGCAGGAUACCCUUCGGCUGAUGCUGUCAGAGGAUGCACCCGUCGGCAGUAUCGACCCUGACGAGGUUGGUAUCCUUGCAGCUCAUCUCUUGUCUCAGGAUGACACUUCCGUCCACAACAAGGCCAAAUACGUUCUCAAUGGACCCGUGGACAUUACUGGAAAGCAGGUUGUCGACAUGAUUGAGCAGCACAUCGGUACGCCCAUCAAGGAUGUUAGCUACAAAGACGUCUCGUUCAUCGACAUGCUGUAUGAGUACCAAUAUGCGGCAACGAAGCAAUCUAAGAACGUCAUCUACUCAAUCAAGCGGGCCCCCGAGACAGCUUGGGAAGGGAAAUGCUCGACUACUACAACCAGCAAGGAGAUCCUGCAGAUUGCUGCUCCAAAGCGUACACCUACUGAUGUCUUGAAGACUUUACUGGAGGGUUGA